CGGGUCUGAGAUAACCAAAUAAGUGAUAGAAAUUAAAAGAGUUACGCAGAAUAAGAAAAACACUAAGUAGCCAAGUUGUGAAAUUCAAAGACAAGUCUCACCAUUCAAUCAUAAAUGACGCGUCGAACGCCAGCAAAAAAGAAGCAAGAAAUUUAAGAUCUAAAAGAGGUGGAAGAGGAUCAGAACGAGACAAUGGGUUAGGAAAACAGUCGAAUGGAUGUUGCUGAGAUGAAAAAGCAAAUGGAUGGUAUACUUAAGUUGCUCUCUUUAAAAAUUUAAAUUGACGAGAACACAAGUAGUUACGUUAAACCACAACAUGAUAAUUUCGAAAGUUCAGCAGUGGUUCGACAUUUUCGAACAAAAUUCAGACGCAUACGAGCUCACAUUUAAACAGAUGUAUGUGCAUGCAAGAGGAAAGAUGGCUGGCACUGCUAAAUGGUUUUUACAGUCUGUGUGUGUGAAUGACUACAACGAGCUGAAACGCGGUCUUAUUGAUGAGUUCGCUAGCAGCGCCAACAGCGCGGACGUGCAUCGCCAGCUACAAAACAGGAAGAAACAAAAGAGCGAAACAUUUCACGAAUACAUAUUACAAUUACGGCAGAUUGCAGCAGCAGGUAAAGUGGAGGAAUCAGCGAUUCUGCGGUACGUUGUAAACGGACUAGUUGAUAUGAAGAACGAGUAUAAGGCUAUUCUUUACUCGUGCAAAACUUUAAAAUCACUCAGAGAGCAGUAUGGAAUCAUAGAGCAACUGGACGACAAGCCUCGUCGUUCCUGGAAUCAACAAAAGAAGACCAGCGGAAGAAAGAAUUUUGUUUCAAGUGUGGUUCAGCAGAGCAUAAAAUCAAAGAUUGCCAGUCUCCGACAAAAUGCUUUAGGUGCAAUGAAAAUGGUCAUAUGUCCCGAGAUUGCCCUUUAGUUACAGAAAGUGUUCGCAAGGUCGUUGAUCAAAGCCGCAGCAAGGUGAUCUCUAUAAAUGGUGUGGACAUUGAAUGCCUAAUCGAUGCAGGAUCGGACGUAUCACUGGGCCUAAGAGCUGAACCGAAAGAACCAAGUAGCCUUGGCUUAGAUGUGUAUAACAUUGUAGAAGCAUCUAACUUGUUUACUGUUACUCCCCCGUACGUAGAAUCAGUGACCAAACUCAUCGAAGAAGUCCAGCCGAUACCACCAGUAACAUUGAAGCAAUGCCCAGUCGAACUGAGGAUCACUCCGGAUGGGGUAAUAAAACCAUUUCAUCAGUCUCCAUCUCGUCUGUCAGUAAACGAAGCAGAGGCAGUAAAGAAGCAAGCUGAUGAAUGGUUAGCCCAAGGAAUAAUACGUAAGUCAGCAUUAAACGUAGCCAGCAGAGUCGUCGUAGUCAAAAAUAAAGACGGUACGCUUCGAAUUUGUAUUAACUAUAGAAAACUAAAUAGUAUGGUAUUGGCUGAUCGUUUUCCAGUGCCCUUGAUGGAAGAGGUACUGGAAAAAUUACAAGA